GUUUGCCAACCGCCAAUCAAAUUUAAAGAAGAAGAAGAAGGAUUCCUUGACAUUUCUUUCUGUAAUGUUUGCGGGGUUGUGGCGUUUCAUGAGUGUGUGAGAGGAGUCUCACACGCGUGUUUUUAUCAUGGAGAUCCUGGGCAGCACUUUUGAUGAUUCUGUGUUUGAGGAAUCGAGGAACAGAGCCUCAGCUGCUCUUCCCGCGUACGAGCCCAAACUCUGCGAACCUCUGUGGUUUUGUGAAGAUGGAAAUGUUGAGGACCCAUUAGAAGAACAAAAAACCCUUAAGUUUCGAGGAGACCUGGCCUACAGGAAGAAACAGUAUCAGGUGGCUCUGGAUGAGUAUUUAUCCUGCCUCUCUCUCAUACCUGCUGGAAACAUAUCAGUAAAGAGAGAUGUGCUGGAAGGGAUCGCACGAUGCUGCUGUCAUCUGGGGAAAAAAGAAGAGGCUCUAAAUGCCUGUGAGAAACUGAGGACAGAAGUAUCCAACACCUGCCACCUCACCUGCGUCCUUCAGCUGGAACUGAGUGUUCAUGAACACUACAGAGAUCUGACAAACAGCAUCUCCAGCCUGCAGCAGCUGUGCUGUCUUCAUCCGUACCAUCCGUGGUACUGGCUGAAUCUGGCCUUGAGUUUUCAGAGGCUCCUGGAGUCUCCUAGGUGUCCAGAGAGAUCCAGCACUGAGGAAGAACACGACAAGCAGCAGGAGACAAAUAACAUUAUACGACUAAAGACCAUCAUGUGCUUGAUUAGAGCAAGGUUGUUAAUUGAAAUCCUGCGGAUUCAGCAGUUCUCAUUUGUGCUGGAGAACAGCCAGAGGGCUCUACAGGACAUUGAGGAAACUCUACAUGUUCUGCAGCCAACAGAAAAAAUGCUUCAGACAGUCUCAGAGGUGAUGGCAGAAGACCUCAAUCCAGAGAAGAUGAGAGAGGAAAACCAAGAUGGAGAGAGUUUAUCAGGACUUUAUAUUAAAGAUUUUGAUGACAGGUGGUGGAACAAACUCUACACCAAACUGCAGGAGGAGACUCCAGCUUUAUCCAUGCACAGACCACUGGAGGAGACAUUUGAAUAGGCCUAAUAU